GUGCGUGGUAUGUGUUGCCAUUUUGGUCUCAUCUCUUUCUCAGUCUCUCUUUGCCUCACUUUGGAUCUAUGCUCUGUGCAUCUGUCUUGCUUCUCAGAAUUUCUUCUUUUCCUCUUUUUUUGUACUACCCUGCGCUUUGUGUGUGAUUGUGGAUUGUGUGUGCGUAGCUGUUGCUUUAACAAGCUGCUCCAGGUCUCUCCCUCCCACAUCUUUCCCUCCCCUCCUCCCUUGAGGCCUCUGUGCAUUCUGGGGAAAUCUGUCCAUUUCCCUUUGUCCACGGUGUCCCUCCCACCCUGCAGCCGGCUCCCUCACAUCCACCCUGGGCUGCAGGCGUGCUCGGCAGCCUCCCCACAGAUCAAAGCUUGUCCAGGGUCUAUAUUGCUGCCAAAGGCCAGGAGGCCCGUGUACAGACCGGAAGCAGCUAGAGCUUAGUGGCAGCUGGAGAGGGGAAGAUUAUAAAGGAGGAGAGGCAAGGGGCAUUCCAGGGGAGCCCGGGAGAGCCAGCAUGACCUCCUGGCAUAUGAGGCACAGAGGAAGACAGACACAGACACAGGGAGCUGCAGGCUGGGGGCAUAAGCUGGGGGCUGGGAAGCAUAGAUACAGAAAUGCACAGAUGUGAGCUGAGAAGCAAGCAGAGAGAGAGAGAGAGAGAGAGAAAGAGAGAGACGUGCUAGGGCUUGAGGGACCAGAGAGCCCUCCCAACCUCUUUCGGAGUGCUGGUCUACAGGAUGCUGCUGUACUAGGGCCCUGCCAUUUUUGCAGGCUCAGGUCCCUACUGGCUCAAGCCCCUGCCUCCCUCAGCAAGGCCACAAUGAACCGGGGAAUCCCUUUUAGGCACUUGCUUCUGGUGCUGCAACUGGCGCUACUCCCAGCAGUCACCCAGGGAAAGAAAGUGGUGCUGGGCAAGAAAGGGGAUACAGUGGAACUGACCUGUAAUGCUUCGCAGAAGAAGAACACACAAUUCCACUGGAAAAACUCCAACCAGAUAAAGAUUCUGGGAAUUCAGGGCUCCUUCUUAACUAAAGGUCCAUCCAAGCUGAGCGAUCGUGCUGACUCAAGAAAAAGCCUUUGGGACCAAGGAUGCUUUUCCAUGAUCAUCAAGAAUCUUAAGAUAGAAGACUCAGAUACUUACAUCUGUGAAGUGGAGAACAAGAAGGAGGAGGUGGAAUUGCUGGUGUUCGGAUUGACUGCCAACUCUGACACCCACCUGCUUGAGGGGCAAAGCCUGACCCUGACCUUGGAGAGCCCCCCUGGUAGUAGCCCCUCAGUGAAAUGUAGGAGUCCAGGGGGUAAAAACAUACAGGGGGGGAGGACCCUCUCUGUGCCUCAGCUGGAGCGCCAGGAUAGUGGCACCUGGACAUGCACCGUCUCGCAGGACCAGAAGACGGUGGAGUUCAAAAUAGACAUCGUGGUGCUAGCUUUCCAGAAGGCCUCCAGCACAGUCUAUAAGAAAGAGGGGGAACAGGUGGAGUUCUCCUUCCCACUCGCCUUUACACUUGAAAAGCUGACGGGCAGUGGCGAGCUGUGGUGGCAGGCGGAGAGGGCCUCCUCCUCCAAGUCUUGGAUUACCUUUGACCUGAAGAACAAGGAAGUGUCUGUAAAACGGGUUACCCAGGACCCCAAGCUCCAGAUGGGCAAGAAGCUCCCGCUCCACCUCACCCUGCCCCAGGCCUUGCCUCAAUAUGCUGGCUCUGGAAACCUCACGCUGGCCCUUGAAGCGAAAACAGGAAAGUUGCAUCAGGAAGUGAACCUCGUGGUGAUGAGAGCCACUCAGUUCCAGGAAAAUUUGACCUGUGAAGUGUGGGGACCCACCUCCCCUAAGCUGACGCUGAGCUUGAAACUGGAGAACAAGGGGGCAACGGUCUCGAAGCAGGCGAAGGCGGUGUGGGUGCUGAACCCUGAGGCGGGGAUGUGGCAGUGUCUGCUGAGUGACUCGGGACAGGUCCUGCUAGAAUCCAACAUCAAGGUUGUGCCCACAUGGCCCACCCCGGUGCAGCCAAUGGCCCUGAUUGUGCUGGGGGGCGUUGCGGGCCUCCUGCUUUUCACUGGGCUAGGCAUCUUCUUCUGUGUCAGGUGCCAGCAUCGAAGGCGUCAAGCAGAGCGGAUGUCUCAGAUCAAGAGACUCCUCAGUGAAAAGAAGACCUGCCAGUGCCCUCACCGGUUUCAGAAGACAUGUAGCCCCAUUUGAGGCACGAGGCCAGGGAGAUCCCAAUUGCAGCCUCCCCAGGUGUCUGCCCGCGUUUCCCGUUGGGCUCAUGGCCUGCGGACCAGAUGAAUGUAGCAGAUCCUAGGCCUCUGGCCUCCUGUUCGCCUCCUCUACGAUUUACCAUUGUUUCUCCUGGGUUAGGCCCCAGCUUCAUUGGUUAAGUGUUGCUCUCUAUUUUCCAGAGGCUUAAUCACACCAUUCUCCCCACCGUUUCCUUUUCCUUCAAGCCCUAGCCCUUCUCUCAUUAUUUCUCUCUGACCUUCUCCCCCACUGCUCAUUUGGAUCCCAGGGGAGUGUUCAGGGCCAGCCCUGGCUGGCAUGGAGGGUGAGGCUAGGUGUCCGGAAGCAUGGAACAUGGGACUGUUAUUUCACAGGACAGGACCCUGGGACCACAGAGGGCAGGAACUUGCACAAAAUCACACAGCCAAGCCAGUCAAGGAUAGAUGCAGAUCCAGAGGUUUCUGGCAGCCAGCACCUCCUGCCCCACGCUGCCUGCGUCUCACCCUAUGUGGGUGGGGCCACAGACUCACGUCCUGACCUUGCACAGGCAGCCCCACUGGACACAGCCCCAUGUACACAGCCACAAGGGAUGCUUCACAUCCUCUGUCUGUUUGAGACUUACAAAAAUCCUACAAGGCUGGCAGUGACAGAACUAAGAUGAUCAUCUCCAGUUUACAGACCAGAAUCAGAGCUCAGAAAAGCUAGAUGAUUGAUUACCCAAGGUCAUAUAGCUAGCAAGUGCUGGAGUCGGGACUAACCCAGGUCCCUUGUCCCAAGUUCCACUGCUGCCUCUUGAAUGCAGGGACAAAUGCCACACGGCUGUCACCAGUGGCUAGUGGUGGGUACUCAGGGUGUACUGUUGGGUUCGCAGGAGCACAGCACCCAUGGGAAGGGCCCAUCUUAGAGAACUUAUAAGCAGGGAUGAAGGCCUCCCUGUCUAAAAUUCCUCCUUCAUCCCCCACUGGUGGCAGAAUCUGUUACCAGAGGACAAAGCCUUUGGCUCUUCUGAUCAGAGUGCAGGCUGGGAGCACAGGCCCUGUGGCAGACAAUGCCCAGUGACCAGCCACUCACCCUGUGCAGAACCUCCUGGAAGUGAGUUUUGCUGGGAGAAGGGAUAGCUAGCCUGAGAGGGAACCCUCUAAGGGACCUCAAAGGUGAUUGUGCCAGGCUCUGCGCCUGCCCCACACCCUCCCUUACCCUCCUCCAGACCAGUCAGGACACAGGGAAAUCAGGGUUACAAAUCAUCUUCUUCUUGACCCAUUUCUGUCAGGAUCUCCUCUCUUCCUACCCUUCCUCACCACUUCCCUCAGUCCCAACUCCUUUUCCCUCUUUCGUCUCCUCCUAUCUUUACAGCCUGCCUCUUCCAGGAAGACCACCCUAUUGCUGCUGGGGCUCCCCAUUUGCUUACUUUGCAUUUGUGCCCACUCUCCACCCCUGCUCCCCUGAGCUGAAAGAAAAAUACAAUAAACUUACUAAAAGAAGA